CUUAAUUUUAAUGGUUACUUCUAAUCACAGCAAACUUAUAGCGCCCAUUAUUCUCUCCCCAUGCAUGAGAUAUACUUUUUCUCCCCGGCUCUCUUGAAAAAAAACAAAAAAAUGGAUUUGUGAAAAAUUAAGAAAAAAAUUAAGGAUGAUGAUAAUGAUGUUAAUGGUGUUUGUUCUUGGAGGGGUAACGGUUCUUGCAGUAGAAGGUGUUGGAAUUUUUAUUUUUAUAUGGUGGCUUAUGAGAAGAGUGGAAAGAGAUCAGGAUAAUAAAGGGAAGCCACAUGAAGAAGGGUCUGUAUGUUUUGCUGGAGAUAUUGAUCCCUCUUUCUACACGAAGCAGGCAGGGAAAAGUAUGGAUUCUGGAAUCUGAUAGAAUCCUGAAAGCUUUAAACGUCGACAAAGCUACCAAGCAGCACAAGGCCCAGAAAGACAUCUUAGAGGUAAUACCUACUCAGAAAUUUGCUAAAAUCAAGAAUCACUCUCUCGUCCUAAUAGAGUCCGAUGGUUCCCAUGCUGAAAUUCCACUCAAAGGUUGCACGGUUGCUGCUGUUUCUGGGUCAAGCUUGCCCUCUAGAAAAUGGGCAAAAAGAUACCCAAUUAAGGUUGAGAGUGGAGCAUCUGUUGUGUAUAAAGGAAGUAGAAUAUUUUACAUUUACCUUGAGACAUCUUGGGAGAAGGAAGCAUGGUGCAAAGCUCUUCGUCUUGCUUCCUGCGAGGAUGAAGAAAAAGUAAAGUGGUCAGCAAAGUUAAAUGUAGAGUUCCACAAUUACCUGACUUCACUAAAUGCAGCAUAUCCUUCAUUUAUGAAACCAUUUUCAAGUUUUGGUGCUGAAUUAGUUGAUAAAUCAAGCAAGCCAGAUGGUUCCUCGUCAAAAGUUCGUCAAUUUCUAAAAAAAAUUUCCAAGAAAGCAACCAAGUGUGCUGCAGAAAAUAAGGCAAGUUGCAGUUCAAAAUCAGGCCAUGAAGAACGAAAGUUGAGUGAGAAAACCCGUUCAUCCCAAAACAUUGACUUGGCUAGUUGUGUCAUGAAGGUUGCUCCAACAAGAAAGCCACUUGAUUUUUCCAAUGAGGAUGUUACCGCAUCUGCCAUUUCUGAUGCAGAUUCUGAUGACAUGGUUAUUGGCGAUGAAGGAUACCUUUGCUGGAAUUUGUUAAUAUCGCGGUUGUUCUUUGAUGCUAAAAGAAAUGAGCAGAUGAAAAGUUCUCUGCAAGAACGGAUUCAGAGAACCCUCUCCAAUAUUCGUAGCCCCAGUUACGUAGGUGAAGUAACCUGUGCAGCUGUUAAUGUUGGUGACCUGCCUCCCUAUAUACAUGCAAUGAGGGUUCUUCCCUCAGACAUGAACGAGCUCUGGGCUUUCGAAAUUGAUGUUCAGUACUCUGGUGGUGCAAUAUUGGAUCUUGAAACGAGGCUUGAAGUUCAAGACCUUGAUUUACAUGAAGGGGACGAAGCAAGUGUCGUUGAUGACGUCAAAUCAGAUUUGUUAGAAGGUUUUGAACACUUGAGUGAACAAUUUAAGCAUUCUGAUGAUAACGCGGAUAAGAUGGACCAAGGAAAUGGAGGUGAUAUACUAGCACGUAACUUGUCAACCGCGAGCAGAAGCUCUACUUGCAUGCCUCAUGGCUCACCUCCUGGAUCUAAGUGGAAAUCAAUCAUACAUUCUGUGGCCAAGCAGGUUUCACAGGUUCCACUCUCGUUGGGGAUCAGGGUUGCAUCUCUACGAGGAACACUGAGGUUAUGUGUGAAGCCACCACCUUCAGAUCAAAUAUGGUUUGGGUUCACAUCGAUGCCAGAUAUUGACAUCCAUUUGAACUCUUCUGUUGGGGACCGUAAGAUCUCUAACGGACGGCUUCUGUUGUUCAUAACCAGUCGAAUUAAGGCUGCUAUUCGUGAAAGUGUUGUGCUUCCCAACUGUGAGAAUGCAUGCAUCCCUUGGAUGAUAGCAGAAAAGGAUGACUGGGUUCCCCUAAAAGAUGCUCCAUAUGUACGGAUUAAUAACAAAUCUGCAGGGAAUGCCAAGAAACAAGAAGCAGAUAGGAAAAGUACCAGUAAUAUAGCUGAAAGUGAAUAUGAGAGGCUGAAGAGAGGUGAAUGGGCUACUCAAAAGAGUAGGUCAUUGGAUCCACGCUCAUUGUUCUCGGUUCCUAAGGCUCAGCCUUGUUUCAAUACAAGAAGCCUCACUACUAGUCCGGAAAUAGCACACCUAAAGUCAAAAAAACAUCACGGAGAGACACUACAACGCAAGACAUCAGACCCACAGGUAUAUUUGCAUUCCUCCUUGUUGAACCACAAUGAGCAGAUAGAGCGUCACCACAUGAGCACAGAGAACAUGCAAAGCAACUCACCUUCACCUUCACCUUCACCUUCUCGUUCACCGAGUAUCCUACAGGAACAAAAUAGUUUUACAGAAGACGAUAUGAGGUCAAAAAGAACAAGUACGAGGGCUAGGAUGCAUGGCUUGCGGAAAAGAAUGGGGGAGAAGCUUGAAGAGAAGAAACGCCACAUAGAAGAGAAGGGGAGACACUUGGUGGGAAGGAUAAGAAGCCACAAGGAAUAUUCGUAAAUUUGUGGUUUCCUCAGUUCAGUUUGAUUGCACAAGGGAACACAGGCCAGUGUGUUUCAAUACUGUUCAGUUAGGCCUCACACUACUUCCAAAUAGCUGACAAAAGUGUGAUCCAUACUCAAGUCUUGUGGCUUGAUCCCCAUGACAAGGUUCUUUUCUCCACUUGUAACAGCAAAGAUCAUGGCCACCAGGAAUCCAUUUCAAAUCGUCACAUAGUUGAUUCAAACUUUUUGGUCUUGCAUAAACAAUAAAUUUUAUACACUUUGUACCAAAUCAAAUUUAUUUAACCAAAGAUGCUCUGUAAAAUGCCAA